AGGAGGCAGGGGACGCACUCACGCAGCCGCUCUCUCGCACGCGCACUCCUUACUCAAAGCAAAGCCGCAAGAGAGCCAUGAACCGCCUGACGCCGGCGCACCACGGCAGGGCCGCGACGAUGCACCCGCCGCAGCACCACCACGGCGGCCUGGCGCGCUACGGCUCCGCGCCGGGCGCCUUCCUCGCCGCGCUGGCCGACUCCGUCGUCGCCUCGCCGCCCCCGCCGCCGGUCGUCAGCCGGUUCUUCUCCGGCGGCGGGGAGACCUCGUCCGGGCUCGCCUCCUGCGAGUCCAGCUGCCACACGGACGGCAGGCUGCAGCGGGCCUACGGCGGGUCCGGCGAGAUCAUCCACCACGUGCCUCAGCCGCCUCCGCAUCCCGCGCCGCAGUCAGGGCUCCUCCGGCACAGCAGCUCUCCCGCCGGGCUCCUCUCCCGCCUCAUGGCCGACCCACACGGCAACAAUGGCGGGAUGGGGAAUAUCGGGGGCUACACGCACUCGCAGGCGGCGGGCAACGUGGACGCGAUGGCGCAGCACAGGAGGCUGAGCUCGCAGUGGAGCUUCUCCAGGCAGCAGCAGGACAUGAUCAUGCCGCAGAUCUCGGAGAUGGGGAUGGCCUUGGCCACCAUGCCGGCCGACAUCGGCGAGAGCAUCGCCACCGGCGGCAACAGCUCCAGCGACGGGGCGGGCGGGAACGCGCAGUCGUCGUCCUACGGCGGCGGAGGCCUCUCCAGGAACUUCUCCAUGAGCUCGUGGGACGACACCAACUCCAUCAUGUUCUCCUCUCCGGCUCGCAGCAGCAAGAAGGCCAAGGUCAUGGUGGAUCUGGACCACGCCGAUGACGGCAUGGUCACCAGCUUCAGCAACAUCGACUCGCAGUUUGGUGUGUCGAGCUCAUCCCUGGAGAUGCCCGGCAUGGAUGACUACCUACAGCUGCAGCAGGACUCCGUCGCCUGCAGAGUCCGCGCCAAGCGUGGUUGCGCGACUCACCCGCGGAGCAUUGCUGAGAGGGAAAGAAGAACAAGGAUCAGCAAGAGGCUAAGGAAGCUGCAAGACCUGGUGCCCAACAUGGACAAGCAAACAAACACGUCAGACAUGUUGGAUAUUGCUGUAGACUACAUCAAAGUGUUGCAGGACCAAAUUGAGAAACUGAAACAGGACCAAGGAAACUGCUCUUGCCCAGGCAAUCAGAACUGCUGAGGCUGGAGAGCCAGACCUCCAAUGCUAUGUUUCUGCAAAUGUCGUUGGCAAGCCCAAGUUUUGUUUCAGGAGAUGGAGCUAUAAAAGUGCUUUCGCAUGUCAAGUGGCCUGCAUGCCUCAGCCUCCCCUUUCAUAGUUGUACACUUGUACCAUGGAUUAGCUUCGAUGGCUUGAAGACUAGGAGAUCACAAGUAGAUUGUCUGUUGUAAUUUAAGUACUGUAAGGCAGUGGCUCGUGUAAAAUCUUCCAUUUCAACACGAAAGGGAUUGCUUCUGCUUAUCAUCAUCUCCCCUUGUAAAGGUACUGUAGGCCUACCUUGUGUUCUCUUCUUGACAUCAAGUUUAUUUUAGUGAAUUACUGGACUCAAAA